AUGGAGAGCGAGACGGUAUCGGAGCAAGACCUGGAGCUUGAGAAGGCGUUCUGCGGGCAGCAGAGCUUCGCGGUGAUUAAGCAGCAUCUGCAUCCAUCUAAAGGGAAGCGGGCGCAUGUGUACAUAUCGGAUACGGCAUGCAGGAUACUAGGGCUACAUGCGGAGGAGGCGCUGGCAAGGAUCGCGAGCAGUCCGCUGAACCUCUACACGCGCAUCCGAGAUCUAGGGAGCAACGGGGAUACAGGCUGCGUGGUGACGAGGUUUGCGCAGCAGGAGGAGUUCGACAGUGUCAGGGCUCAUAGGAACCGAGCUCGAGUCAGACAAAGGUUGAUUGGAAAGAAAGGACAGUUGGCUGUCUCGUACUCGUGUUUGAUACUGGCUUCUCCUGGAUACACCUGGAUACUCUACCCCAGUGUGAAUCUGCUGAAAAGGACCCCUCUGGAGGUCUCUGUAGCUGGAACCGUGAAUGUGCCUGUGGUGCUUUCAAGCUAA